AUGAAUUUAAUUUCAACCGAAGAAGUUGCAAAACAUAAUAAACGUGAAGAUUGUUGGGUAAUCAUACAUAGCAAAGUUUAUGAUUUAACAAAUUUUUUGCCCGAUCACCCUGGUGGUAUUAAAGUUAUUCUUGAUCAAGCUGGUAAAGAUGCAACCGAAGUAUUUGAGCCAAUCCAUCCUCCUGAUAUAAUUGAUCAAUAUCUAAAACCUGAAUCAUAUGUUGGAAUCAUUGAUCCAUCAAAUCUUGAAAAAACCUUCAGUCAAAACUCAGAAAUGGAUAAGAGGCGUGAAUUGGCAAUUCAAAAUAAACCUCAUCUAAGUGAAAUGUUGAACCUAUUUGACUUUGAGGCUGUUGCUCAACAAGUUUUGAAACCUGAGUCAUGGAUUUAUUUCAGUUCAGGUGCCAAUGAUGAAAUUAGCUUGCGAGAAAACCAUAAUGCGUUUCAUCGCAUCUGGAUAAAACCAAGGGUGAUGAGAAAUGUAAUGAAUAUUGACACCAGUACAACUUUACUUGGUCACCAUUCCUCAUUUCCUGUUUAUAUUACAGCAGCUGCAUUAGGUAAAUUGGCUCAUCCUGAGGGCGAAGUUAUUUUGACCAGAGCUGCUUAUCAACAUCAGAUAAUUCAAAUGUUGGCAACACUAGCAUCAUGUUCCCUGGAUGAAAUGACAAAUGCAACAGGCAAAGAUCAAGUGCAAUUUUAUCAAUUGUACAUUAACAAAAAUAGAACUAUUUCUAGAAACAUUAUUAAAAAAGUAGAAGAAAAAGGUUGUAAAGCUUUAUUUAUAAAUGUUGAUACACCUCAGUUAGGCUACAGGGAGAAAAGUAUGAGAGCAAUAUAUAUGGAUCCAAAUAUUGAUGAAAAAACUUUGAACAGUAAAUAUGGAUCGGCGAAAGCAAUUUCAUUAUUUAUUGAUGCAUCAUUAAAUUGGAAUGAUAUAGAAUGGCUUAAAUCAAUCACUACCAUGCCGAUUGUACUCAAGGGUAUACAAACAGCUGAAGAUGCUGUACUAGCGGCCAAAUAUGGUUGUGCUGGCAUGGUGUUAUCAAAUCAUGGUGCGAUUGCACUGGGUGCAAAAGCUGUUGGUAUUGGUAGACCUAUGUUGUAUGCCAUGUCAUCCUAUGGUCAAGAAGGCGUUGAAAAAACAUUAAAAUUGUUAAAAGAAGAAUUUGAAAUGGUUAUGCGUUUGGCUGGAGUAACAUCCUUGAAAGAAAUUGGUCCUGACUUUGUUGACUCCAAGAAUUUAAACAAUCAUAUUUCUGUUCCAAAAAAAUUGAAUGAAACUGGACUAUAUAUCAUUCAUUUUUAUCUAUGA